GAAGAUGAUUUUAAGGAGGAGGAUCUUAUUUCAGAAAUCUUAGGCAGUGACCAGGGCCUUUCUCGACCAACAACUCCAGAAAACCAAAUUUCUAUUGUAGAUUGCUUUGAAACACCACAUAAAAAGAAAAAUAAUAAUAACUCAAAUAACAAAACACCAGAGAAAAUAACAAAUAAAAAGAGAAGAGCUAAAUAA